AUGUCUCAGCCUCGUAAUUCUACCGAAUCUCUGCUUCCUGCUCCAGUGACGAACGAUCAACCUAAGGAAGAAGACGACAACAUGGGUAUUUCAGCGUCUACAGCUCGGGUUUUGGCCCCUUUGUCUUUUGUUAUCGACUUCGCCGCUCAAACAUAUGGCAUGUCAGCAACACCUAACAUGAAACAAAUCCACGAUUCCAAUCCCUGUGCUUUUUCUCCUUACCCAUUCGCCAUCGCUGGGUUUUUCGGACCUCAACAGAUUUUACAACUUGUAUGGUUGAGAGAAUUGUUCCGACCUGAUAAUCAAGUGGAGUUAGGAACUCGUCGUUUUGUGCCAUGGUAUGCACUGGGAAAUUUUUGUAUAGCCGGGUGGAUGUUUCUCUGGAAAGACAACAACCUAAAAGGUUCCUCGAUCCCAGUAAUCAUCAACACUAUAACUCAAACAUAUUACGUAUUUUUCCUCCGUGAUAAAACCCCCAAUACCUAUCAAGCCAAAUUGACAAACAUAAUCAAUAUUACCUUUGCAGGUAUUGGUAUCCUUGACAUCUUCCACAACGUCACAGCUGCUUUCUUUCCCCGUAUCCCACCUAAUUUAUUGGUCAAGAUCGCUACUUCCAUCGGUGGACCUCUCACCGCACUUACUUCUCCCCUUCUAUUCGGGGCUUGUAUGGCUUAUGAUCUUAUGGGGUUGGCUAUAGGUCAACAUGAAUUAGCUAGUAAAGCUUUGAAUGGACUUGGCGGGGGUGGCGGAGAAGGUUGGGCGAGGUUGUUAGGCGGAGUGGGUAUGGCUACCGCUGCCAUUGUUGGAUUGAGGGGGUAUGGAGGAGCUAAAUGGUUAUACAUACUGAAAAACAACAAUCAACUUCAACCUAAACAUGCCAAAUUUGCUCGAACUUCCUUUGCCCACCUGACUUAUCAAAAGAUUUCGUCCUAUACAAGCGAUUCGUGUGAUCAUCCACUUAUCGACGUCGCUCAAGUAUCACCCAUCCGGUCCAUAAGCUCAAAUUGCGGUGGGAGUAAGGAUGAGGGUGAACAUAAGGGAAGAGAGUUGUAUAUGUCGGAGGACUCGCUUGUGGUGGGGAAAUGA